AUGCACGUCGCAGCGUGCCAUGCUGCUGCUGCUGCUGUUCGGCCUGCCCCACCUGCUACUGGUCUCUCGGACAAUCCUGCCUCCGCCGUUGUUGUCAUUGCUCUGCCGCCGACCCCCUUGCCACAUGCCAGAGCCACUAUGAGUGCGUGCUGCGUCGCGUUCGACUCGCCUUACCUCGGCAGCCUCGGUCGGCGGCGAAUGCCGGAUGUCGAGUUGAGCCGCCCACCCGGCCAAAACUGUGAGUAUGGGAUCCACGGCAAUUCGCCCCAACGCCGAAAAAUCGAAUGUCGCACACCUUUCGGCCUUUCCGAGCACGGUCUCUGCGAUGUCGCCUACCACUGGAAGCCCGCCCGCAGCCUUGCCCGCAACGUGACCGACGUAGCCUCUGCUCUCCUGGCAAACCAGGGCUCUUACGCCGUUGAAAAUUCGGCAUCAAACUCGAGGCUUGCAGUCUUCGUCGAUCAAACCAAAGCGAGCGUGGACGGACUCUUGGCUGGGGAGGUCCGGGCAAAGGUGAGCCGACCCGGUGCAAAGGCGCAGAGAUUUUCCGGACUACACGUUCGACAGCUGCGUCGUGCUGAGCCAGGUCUCUCUCUCUCUCUGGCUCGCUUGGACGCUCUCAUACGGUAUCGCUUGGUCCGCCAUCCCAUGUCGCCUGUGCCAUCCUCGGCUGCUUGGUCGCGCAUCAUCUUGGGCGUGCGUGGCGCCCAGGAUUACAGGCGGCCAGGCGCUCGACCGUCGAGGAUCCAAUCUGCUCUCAUUCGAUUGAUCGCUCUCCGCCCGCGCUGGGGUGCCGCUCAGCCUCGUCAUGCUGGCCAAUCAUUGACAUAUUUCUGGUCCCUGGGGUCUUCGAAUGAUUCGCCUUCCUGCACUUGCCCAGGCCCUCCGCCACUGCUGACAGAGGAGUCGCCGCCUUGUAUAUAUCCACACUACUCCGCCCACUUCCGCCAACGCCACCCGAAUCAUCCUCCCUUCCUAAGACCUCCCUCCUACCUGAUAUCCGCUCCCUCCAUCUCAGCAUCACGCGCACGCAUUGCCUUUCCGAGCAGCACCAUCUUCGCUACUAGCGUCCUCGAGACACUGCAGCUGAAAGACGGGUAUUUUCCCCCGCCAACCGACAGCAGCAUGAUCUCGCCAUACGACCCUAGCCAUCCUGCUCGCCCCGUGCUUGCGAGGAAACGAACGUCGGACAAGGGUCUGCCUGCACACUCACCAGCAGAAGCGCAUUCCCCCUCCGACAGCCAAGAUGGCAAGUCCCGCACAAGAGCACGCAUCAACAUGGCGUGUAUCCACUGCCGCCACAGGAAAAUCAAGUGCGACGGAGCGCAGCCAUCGUGCGCAACCUGCGUUCGACUGCGCCGAGAGUGCGAGUACGAGCCGGUGACCGAGUUUGAGAACCUCAUGUCGCGAGAGCGCAAGCGCCGCAACAAGGAGAAGAAGGCGGCGCGAAUGGCCUCGCUCGGCAUCUUUGCUGGCCAGUCGCCUCUGUCGAUGCUCCACGCUGGCGCAUCGCUCGGCCUCCCCCCUGCGCCCGUGGCACACUAUGGGGAUCCAUCGCAGGCCAACUUGGCACCGCUCUUCCUCUCGAUGCCCGACCCUCGCAUGGAGGGCCAGAUGAUCGCUUCUCAGUUCGGACCACGCCGACGUCGCGGCAUCUCGGACACUCAAGCCACCACCAUGCAGCAUCGAAUGGGCCCCCUCGCCUCCCCGGUACCAGACUCCUCAUCGUUCCAACACGCCUCCGUCUCCCAGCCGCCAACGCCAGCGCAGGCCUACCGCUACUAUCAAGCGCUGGCGCUUCCCCAGGCACAGCAUGCCAUGAUGCAGGGCAUUCCCGCCGAAUUCAUCUCGGGUCCCCUCUCGGCCCCCAUCAUGCCUCCGGCUGCCGCAGGUCACUUCUUCGUUCAGCAACCCAUGACGCCUAGUCAUGCCGCCCCGCAACACGGAACGGUUGCAUCGCCUCACGUCGUCGAUCUCAUGGGCCUCAACUCGGACGGCUCGGCGCCCCACGUUCCUUCAGGACGCGCGAGCGCUACCGAAGCCGACUUCGAUCUCGGCCUCGUCGAUCUGACCGGCAUGCCGACCAUGGUUCCCACAUCGGCACAUGUCCGACCUGUGGAUCUGCCGGCUCCCCACGGCCACUUUGACUUUGCCAGCGUCCCAUUCCCCACGCAGGACACGUUCGCAUCGGAGCUGCCGUUCACGGCCCUGCGAAGGCGAUCGUCGAUCCACCUGCCCGUCGGCACCGCCGAUGCGUUUAGGAGGCCGUCGAUUGCCGAGGUGGCUACGGCGGCGCUCAUGCAGAAGGUAGCAGGCAAGCGUGCCGAAAAGGUCAACACGGACAUUAAGCAGCUUGCCAGCGAGCUCAUGUCUCCCGAUGCCACGGGCAUCGUAGCGUGGAAUGCACACGUGCAGUCGCAGAUGCCCGCAUCCAUGGCGACCUGGAGCGGAUUCCACACCGGCGAGAUCGGGCAGUCGGAAGGUUCCGACUACGUGCCCUUGGCCGGUCCAGCCAGCCGUUCCAACUCGGACGGCCUGCUUUCCCUCGGACCGCUCUCGCCUCCCACCCGCUUGGUUGGCUCGGGUCUGGUCAAGGCUGAGGGAUUGGGCGAGGAGCUCAGCGCCGCUUCCAGCUGCAGUGUCAGCUCGAGCACCGGCGACUCCUCCGUCCCAGCAGAGGUGCCCUUGCUCGAGCACUCGUACUUUGCCGCUCCUCAGGGCAAGCUCUCGCGCGAGAUUUCGCCUUUGGCCCUGUCUCCCUCUGGAAGCAGCCAGCCUAGCUCGCUGCUGAGCCAGGACGCAUGGAACGUCCCGCUGCUGUCGCCUGUCUCGGAGCUCAACACGACGUUCAACAACUUUAGCGUCUUUGCCGCCAACGCUUCCGGCCAGCACAUGCCUACGUCCAACAACAAGCAGGAGCACGACAACAGCUCGCUCUCGAUGGCGUUCAUGCACAACGCCAACGCUUCCAUGAACAACUCCAACUUUUAG